AUUUGGCAUGGCAUGUCAUCAUUUGUAUAUUUUGUCCAAGUUAAAAAAUUUGCUGUCAAAGUAAAUCGUGGUUUCAUUUCUAAUUUAUAUUUUAUCGAUUAGAUUUAGGAAAAUGAUUAAACUGUUUUCAUUAAAACAACAAAAGAAAGAUGAAGAGGGCUCAGCGAGAGCAGGAGGAUCACAAAAAAAAGCGUCAGCAGCCCAAUUGCGAAUGACAAAAGAUUUGAAUGAACUGAAUUUGCCCAAAACCUGCAUCACAGAAUUCCCUGAUCCAGAUGAUCUACUAAAUUUCAUGUUAGUCAUAUAUCCAGAUGAAGGAUUUUAUAGAGGAGGCAGAUUUGUAUUUAGUUUUAAGGUAGGACCUAACUAUCCGCAUGAGCCUCCCAAGGUGAAGUGUGAGACUGCCGUAUACCAUCCCAACAUAGAUCUCGAAGGGAAUGUGUGCUUGAAUAUACUCAGGGAAGACUGGAAACCAGUGCUAAAUGUCAACUCUAUAGUUUAUGGGCUACAAUAUUUAUUCUUGGAACCAAACCCUGAAGAUCCCCUGAACAAAGAAGCAGCAGACGAGCUACAAAGCAACAGGAGACUAUUUGAACAUCAUGUCCAGCGAGCCAUGAGGGGCGGCUACGUCGGCUCCUCCUACUUCGAACGGUGUCUCAAGUGAACCGCCCACGACUGUAAAUUAAUGCUACCAACCUAUAAAUAAAACAAUCUCACUUUAUUCUUUA